AUGAGUGAAUGCAUGAAAGUUGUUAAACCAGACAACCAAUGCAUGGAAGAUGCAAUUAUUUCACAUAAUAUUGAUUUUGUUUGCUUCUUGAUGAAUGAUUACUUUAUUAAAAUUCCCAUAGUGAACUGUUGUGAAUUCAAAAAUCUCCAAGCAUUUUUGGUUUAUUUAGACCAAACGAAUAAUAUUGAAGAAACAUUUCCUAAUUCAUCACGUUUUAAUAUUCCAUUUCUUUGCAAAUAUUUGCUGAAUUAUGAUGUAAAUGCUGAAGAUAUAAUAGGACCACAGCAGAGGAAAAAUACGACUCUUCACUACGCAAUUGAAGGAAAUACUGUUGAAACAGCAGAAUUUCUAAUAAAUCAUGGAGCAAUCAUCAAUAAAUCUCAUGUUGUAUUAACGGAGCUUUAUAUUGCAACAAUGAAUAAUUGUAAAGAAAUGGUAGAACUUCUUCUUGCUCAUGGUGCAAAAAUAGAUGAAAAAAAUCGUCUUAUUUCAAAUUCUUCUGAAAGCAAUGACCAUAUGACUGCUCUUCAUAUGGCAACUGAAAGAAAUUUCACUGAUGUUGCAGUGUCACUCAUUACUCAUGGUGCUAAUGUUAACCUAAGAGAUGGUAAUUAUUACAUGCCACUUCAUUAUGCAGUUAAAAAUAACAAUAAGCAGUUAGUUGAAUUACUUCUUUCGCAUGGAGCAAUUGUAGAUGCAACAAACAAUAAAAAUCAAACCCCUCUUCAUUUUGCCGCAAAACAAUCCAAAGAACUAGUAGAAAUUCUCAUCAAACAUGGUGCAAAUAUAAACGCAAAAACAAAGAUACACGACAAUCCACUUUAUUAUGCUGCGUCAAACAAUAAAAAAGAAAUUGUGGAAUAUAUUUUAUCACAAGGUGUGGAUAUUAAUUCACUUGUGAAUUCUGUUUGCACAGCUCUUUAUAUAGCAGCUGAAAAGAAUUAUAAAGAAUUAUCAGAAUUUCUUUUGUUACAUGGAGCAGAUCCAAACAUAAAAUGUGAAUAUGGAAAUACAGCUCUUCAUAUUGCUGUAAUGCAUGGUUGUGGUGAAAUCGCAAUGGCUCUUUUAAAGCAUGGAGCUGAUAUUAAUGCAAAAGAAUCAAGAUCAUUAACACCAGUAUAUCUAUCUAUAAAACCUGAAAAUCAAAAAUUUACAUUAGAUCUAAUCGAACUUGGUGCCGACCUCUCCUUAAUAUAUUCAAAUGGAUAA